AAUCUCUUACGAUGACAAGCCCCACACCAGAUUCCCCUCAAUCCCCCGGUACAAACACGCCAGCCCAGAAGAACAGAGCCUGUGACCGCUGUCGUCGGCGAAAAGCAAAGUGCGACUUUACAGAAGGCGAGCGUUGCACGAGCUGCAGGGAGUCAGGCACACAAUGCACCUUCAAUCUCCCCCUCGCCCGUCGCGGCCCCAAGAUCCGCCCCAGAAAACCAGCCGGUUCCACAGCGGAAUUACCGCCUCCCCAAUCGUCACAAUGGGAAACCAACACUGUCGAUCUCGGACUCUCGCCGCCUUUGAUGGUUAGCGGUGAUGUAACGAGUCACCAGCGCUGGCAGAAUUUAUCGCGAGCGCUAGCGUUCAUUACGAAUGAUCUGCAGCAAUUUGUUACGCGAUGCUUUGAUCUCUUUUUCGAGUAUCUUUAUCCGCUUACGCCGUUGGUUCAUGAGCCGAGUUUGAGGGACUCGCUCUCGUACUUUGGGCAGUACCCUUCUGAGAAUUUUAGUACAGGGGUUUUGGAGCUUUGGCCGGAGACGACGUUUACUUUGAUCACUGCUGUUUGCGCCGAAGCAGCCUUUUUAUUACCGAAAGAUUUAUUCCCAGAGGGUCAAUCCGUAGCGGAUAUUUUUCUCAAUGCUUCGAGAUCAUGCUUGAAUCAAUAUCUUGAAGCGGAGUUGGAGAAUCCGAAUGCGAACUCAAUCACAAUUCGCUACUUUCACUCGAAUUGUCUCCAUGCAGCGGGAAAGCCCAAGUAUUCGUGGCACAUCUUUGGAGAAGCCACGCGACUUGCGCAGGUUAUGCAAUUGAACCUCGAAACCUCGCUUGAGGGCUUGCAACCGAUUGAAGCUGAGCUGCGACGUCGAGCUUUCUGGAUUGUGUAUAUGGGCGAUAAAUCGGCUGCGAUACUGAACAACCGACCCAUCACGAUCCACAAAUUCUCAUUCGAGUCUGGAAUAACCACGUCCUAUCCUUCUGGCAUUGAAGAUGAAGCUCCGGUUCUCUCGCCUGGUAAUCUCGUCACGAAUUCUGAUGUCGUGCGGAUUACAUGCAUCGAAGGCUUCAACGCCAAUCUAAGACUCUGGCAGAAUGCAUCUGAUCUGCUCCUCGAGUUGCGACUAAUGCAGGACCGAAACCAACAAGAUCUCAGCAUGUCGAAUCUUCAACCGCUGAUCAGCGCGCAAGAAAAGGAUCGGCUGGACGCUCUUUAUGUCCGUUUCAUCACCUGUCUUGAUGAUCUGCCACCAUAUCUGCAGUCGUAUACGUUCGCUGCCUUGGCGGAUGAGUCUAGGGAAACCACCAAACAAUUCCUGAUCCAGUGCGCUAAUCUUCAAGUCUCCAUCCAUUGUCUAAGAAUGGUGAUAACGCAAAAGUUGGAGAAUCUUCCGUAUUAUAAAUCGGACAUCGGGCACUCGGAUUUGCGCAAGACGGAAAUUGCAAGAGAUAUGCUGAGGGUGAUCCAAGAAGCUCCGUUUUGGUCACUCCAAGUGAAUGGUGAACCCUAUGUCGAGAAGAUACGACUCACUGGUGCGAGUCUUCUGGAGAUCAUUCACAGAAAUGGCUCCUCACCAAUUGCCGCGAGAGCUCGCAGUGAUUUUGCAGUCCUUCUUGAUCUGCUCACGAGACUGGACUCCAAAGCCUCCGAUGCAUUGCGAAAUACUUCUUCAUUGAUACACUAAGUCUUUGUAAUAUUACUAUCAUAUUUGCCACCUUCAUGAUGCCCUUCAGACUUCUUUCUCACGAAUGAAGUCAUGUUCCUCCUUCUUAACCUCAAUCUCCUUGACCAUUUCCUGCUUCGCAUCCUUCCCCUCAAACAGAUACGUAAGCUCCUCCAGCGUAGGUCCAGAUGUCUCAACGAAGAAGAAGUAGACGACCAAGAAGAUGAUAGCGACCCAGACACAGUAGUAGAUGUAGAACUUCCAUCCAAUAGCCUCCAGGCCAAUCGGGUUGACGUAGCCACCAAAGAUAGAGGAGACCUGAAUAGUGAGCAGUACGAAUGCCCAAGUCUUGGCUCUCAUCUGAUAUGUGACGAUCUCGAGAGGAUAAGUAACGACCAGAUUUGUCCAUCCGAAAGUGUAGAAGCCUUGAAAUAGGAAGAUGCAGGCCAACACGACUCGCCCACCCGCCAAGGACCCCUCAAGGUACUGCUUGGCGGCGAUGGUCCACAUGAUGAACGUGACAAGAACACCACCGGAUCCCACGAGGAAGAAAGUGCGGCGCUUGAACUUGUCAACCAGAAGAGUCAUGGUGAUAGCAACGAUGUACUGCCAGAGAGUAACCAUGCCGUUGACGAGAGUGAUGUCCUUCUCCGCCUCGAUACCCGUGUCUUUCAGAAUCUGUGUCAAGUAGUUGGAGACAAGCAGGUUGCCAGAGCUCUGACUGAACAGCGCCGUAGCGAAGCAUAGUGCGAUGCGCUUGAGGUUGGGGAUAGAUGAAAAGAACUCCUUCCAUGUCAUGUUUUGCUCAGCUUCUUCAGCAAUGACUUGCUGAAUCUCAGCGCAUUCGAAUUUGACCAAUUCGCUGUCGGAAUCGCCUUCACCGUGGUACUUGAUCAGAAUCUCCCGAGCUUUGUCAACCUUGCCCUUUGCGAUCAGCCAACGAGGCGACUCCGGGCAGAAAAAGAUGAGAAUGAGCUGGUAUGCGGAUGGAACAACUUGAACCAGAGUGGGGAGCUUCCAUGACCAUUGGUUGGGAAUGCGAAAGCACCCGUAAGUCGCCCAUGCACCAAUGACAUAGCCCAGCACAAUGUUGGUGUUGUAAAGCGUGGUGAUUUGGACACGCUCCUUGGGAUGCGAGAGCUCGGUGACCAAGACUGGAGCACCCAUCUGAAUAAGCGAGGAGCCAAUUCCGAGAACAAUCUUGCCGCCGAUGAACAUAUUGAGCGAGGUCGCAAAGAGUUGAACCAUGACACCAGCGAUGAUGAUGACCGAUCCCAUCGCAGUUGGGACACGACGACCGGCGACAUCGCUGAUCCAACCAAGGAAGAUGAACGGUAUAACACCUCCGAUGGCGUUGGAGGCACCGAAGAAGCCAAGUUUCG